GGCUCCGUGGUGAAAGUUUCUCCCGCAAGUGUCCCGGGGACGGCGAGGGAGCCGAGUGGUGCCGGCGGCGGUUCGAAGGCACAACAUCACCGUGCCACAUGGUGACACGUAAAUUGCAAUGAUAUGGAUGGGGCUUUAAACAUUGGACACACUUAUUGAUUGUACAAGAACAACAGACUUUGGAAAUUCGAGGUCACUCACAACUUGAAUAAAAUGCCUUCUCAACGUGCCACCGUCAGCAAUGCUGAAUGCAAGGUUGUGCCUCAUACCAGGGUUGACGAUGAAUUUGCUAUUCGGCAAAUAUACAGCUUUGGUCAAAGAUUAGGACAAGGCAGCUAUGGCGUGGUGAUUGAAGCUACACAUAAUAGAAGUGGCAAAAAAUGGGCAAUCAAGAAGGUGAACCGAGAAAAGGCUGGGAGUUCAGCAGUGAAACUACUGGAACGAGAAGUCAGCAUCUUAAAGCAAGUGGACCAUGAACAUAUAAUUCAUUUGGAAGAGGUGUUUGAAACGCCCAAACGAAUGUACCUGGUGACAGAGGUCUGUGAGGGUGGAGAACUAAGUGCAAUUCUUCAUAGAAAAAAACGCUUAAAUGAAAAUGAGACAAGGCAUGUGAUCCGUAGCCUUGCAAGUGCAAUUGCUUAUUUACAUAAAAAUGAUAUUGUCCAUCGGGAUCUAAAACUAGAAAACAUCUUGGUUAAAAAUAUUGAAAACAGCAGUGAACUUGAUAUGAAGUUAAACAUCAAGGUGACUGACUUUGGACUUUCUGUGCAAAAAGGGGGUGUUGGUAGUGACAAAAUGUUGCAGGCAACCUGUGGAACACCUAUGUAUAUGGCUCCAGAAGUUCUCAGUGCCCAUCAGUACACCCAACAAUGUGACACAUGGAGCAUAGGAGUCAUUAUGUAUACAUUGCUUUCCGGAUUCCCUCCAUUUGUGGCAAGCUCAGAAGAGAAGCUUGCUGAAUUGAUAAACAGAGGGGAGCUUCGCUUGGACAGUUCAGUUUUACAGGAAAUUAGUGAUGGUGCAAAGGAUGUGCUCUCACGUCUUCUAAAAGUGGAUCCUGCUCACAGAAUCACAGCCAAUGAGCUUCUUGAUAAUCCAUGGGUCACGGGUGAUACUACAGCCACACAAAGGCCACCCAAUGGUGCUAGAAAUGAUGAAACAGUGGGAAAGAUGACCUGGAUGGGAGAUGAACAAGGAGGAUCAAACUCGAAUAGUUCUGUACCAAGUAGUGUCUGCCAAAAUAGUCGGACUAGCCAAGAAGAUGGAGAGAGUCCUACUAGCAGCAAUGAUAUCUCUGAUAGUUCCAGAGAAAUUGAUGCUGGCAACAAUCAGUCCUACACUCCAGCUAAGCAGAGCUUUAAGAAGAAUAUCAUUGCUGCCUUUCCUGGCGAUGGACCACUUACUUUGAAGAAAACUAACAAGUUCAGCAAUAAUCCUCCUGGGAGCAGCAAGGGUUCUCCAAAACUAAGCAUGAAACGAUCACCAUUGCAAGAUAAACGAGCAUGGUCACCCACACAUCUGAUCCCAUCAGUCAGAUCUGGUUCUAUCUCUGUCUGCAGUUUGGAUGACCUCCCAAGUACUGCAAAAUGUGAGAUGCGGCAAAGAUCAGCAGCAGCACCCAACAAUCCUGAGGCGAGGAAGGUUUAUGGUAUUGCACAGAUAUUGGAUUUAGGAGCCACUGUCCUAGAAUUUGGAAGCUCAGCUGGAUGGAUCUGGCGAUGCAGCUAG